GUAAUUGUGAAGCUAGGGUCACCUUGGUGGCGUGGAUGCAACAAAACAGUUGGGGAGGCCGAGGUUAUGCGCUACGUGGCCAAGCACACGACUAUUCCUGUGCCCCGGGUGCUAGCCGUCCUUCCAGCCUUGCAUGGCAAACCGGAUACGCCUACCAAUCCAGAUGCGCAAAAGGUGCACGGCGGUGAAGGGCUGGGGAACCUGGAGCUACCAGAGGUGAUGGUGAUGGCAACUGCACCUGGCCAAAAGAUGAAGGACGUGCUAGCUCGACCUCUGAGCGAAGUGGGCAUGGAUGUAAGGGAAAAGUUACUUGCUCAGUGGGUUGGUGUCUUUAAGCAGCUGCGGGAUCUCCAUUUCAAUGCAUAUGGUAGCUUCGGCUUGGGCAUGCAAGUUGUUCCAUUGGCCACAAACGGUGGGUGCAGUGUCCUUGGACCAGUGAAGUCCUACGGCGAGUAUGCGGCAGCAAAAGUGGCCAUGUUCCUGCCUCUGAUCGAGGGUGGCGCCUGCCGUGCUGAUCGGUUCAGGAAAUAUGUUCCGAGUCUCAGGUGCCUUAUCAAGGAGAUAGCUCGAUACCCAAACGGCACAGUAGGCCCUGGCAGCAGAUUGGACGACAACCACAUGGCAGCUCGCACUGACGGGCUCCAACCUGUUUUGCUGCAUACGGAUCUGUCGAUCAGGAACAUCCUGGUGGACCCGCACCCUGAUAAUCCGCACAUCACGUCCGUGCUAGACUGGGAGUUUGCUGUGUCAGGGCCUUUUGAAGAGGAGUUCAGCUUUCAAGCAACUUACGCUGGGCUAUCAACCAAUGACCGCAGGGUGUUUGACAGGGUCGCGCAGGCGGAGGGUGUGACUAUGCCAGCGGAUGUAAUGUCGCGUGCAGAUCACGUGGCUGCAUAUUGGGACAUGAUUGUCUUCUGUCACUCGCAUGUGUGGCGAGAUAGGCCUGCUACUGUCCAAACAGAUGCACUUCGGGAGGCUGAGAAGUCGCUGGAGGGCAUUCUAGAACGCGCAGGCUGUUCAGCACAAGGAGCUCAGUUACUGCCGUAA